AUGACUGGCCCUUUGACACCAUCUGAAAGCACUUGUCUGCUAUCCAGGAGACGCUGGCUGAGAGGCUCCAGAAUAUUGCCUCUGAAAAUCGCCACUGCCGCCACAACAUGCCAACAGCCACAGCUCCAGCCAGAUACAGAUUCAGUUACCAGUUCUACCACGGCCAUUGGAUCGCCCUCAUCUGUAAAACUACUGUUUCCAUCUCUAUCCAUGUUCAACCUUCCAUCCACACCCAUCAUGUCAUCUACCCCAGAAGCAGCAGCAACAGCAUGCAAGGAAAUAGCUCCUCCACCUCAAUUUGCCGUAGAUCACACCAAAAGACAUCGUCUCCUAAAGAGGCUCAAACCUCGGAAACGCAUUCAAAAGGCAUACCCAUCUGCUUUUGAGACGUACUUGUUUGACGAUGCCGUACCUGGCUUUUUGCAGCAUCAGGGUAUUCGACCUGUGCGUCUCCUGUUGGAACGACUACAGGCUUGGUAUCUUCUCGCGAAACGGCUGUUACGACAUUUUGAAUUGCUGGCAUCGGUUGAGCAUCACGUAUCGAAAACGUAUCGCUCAUUGGAUCGUGUCAGUAUCUUUCCAGCACCUAAGAAGCAUCGUAGUAAACGCAUCAUCACACACAGAAACCGUCGUCGAUUUUACAGAGAUGAACGCCUCCUCAAAAUCCAUUUUGCCUUCCAAGACGGCGUCCGAGGCGUGUGCGAUGCCUGGCAGCAUUAUCAUAACGAUGCGUCCAAAGAUCAUGCUGAAUUCGCCACUUUCCUACGAAAUGAAGCCAUGCCAACACUUGCCAACAUCAAACGAGAGCUCAAGUGGAUGAUCAAGUCGAUUCGAGCAGAUGACCGUUUGUCAUUGAGCACAUUAACAUCACUGAAAAGGGAAGCUGCCAAACGCUUGAAGCGGCUGGAUCGACAGUUGGUGUUUUUUGACCAACAUCCAUACCAUGGGUAUACCAAGAAGGAUCCUUGGCUGAUGAACGCGGCUGUUGUCAAGCAAAUGGUCAAAGUGUAUCGACAGGAAAACAAGAUCCAUGAAACUGUACUGCGACUACAACGAGAGACACUGAUUUCAGAGGGACAGCUUGUGGAAGAGUUCAGACGUCUUUGUCAGCACAUUUACAUCAUGAGAGAGCAAUCCACACUCGGCAUCGACAGUGGUCUCCAAAACAUCAUGACGACCUUUGACAGCGUGCACAUGGACAGCGACUGGAUCAACUUUAGCAAGCUCAACGAAACGCACUUGGUAUCAGAGCAAGCAGCAUUUCGCCAUCCUGAUCAUUUGCAAUACCCAAACCACUCGCACGCACUGCUGCAACCCAUCUUUGCUGCACGCAUGGAACGAAAAUCACGCGUCCUUCACCAUUGGCAUGAAUACAUCUACGUCUUGACGCAUGCUGGAUUCUUGCACGAAUAUCGCAACGCCUCCAACUACCCCGCACGCCCUGAUGCCUCCAUCUAUGUGCCUCAUUAUAAAGUCUCCUCUUUGGCUACCAAUUUGCAUCAUAAUCUCGUAUUCCAAUUGCAACCUCACAAAGCGUCUAGAAAUAUGCUCAAGAAUCACGGUUGCAGUACAGCGCUACCCAAAGCGUGGAGAACAUCAAAGACGAGAUGGGGAUGCACGGAUCGCUGGACUUGGACCUUGCGCGCCAAGUCUGCUCAGGACAUGGAGAUUUGGGUGCAGCAUUUGACUGAGAGUUCGGAAAGAUAUAGACCUGCUACAGUGAAUGUCCUGGCCUUGUCUGCCAUGCCUGCUCUAACACCAUCGCCAUCACCACCAGAGAUUGUCGUGAGCCCUGCUGCCGAGGAGACGAAUGAACAACAAGCAGAAGCAACAGAGACAGAUGCAUCUGAUGCCGUCGAGACAGCACCUGCCGUUGAAGCUGAUGCCGAACAACCCAGUAACACUAAAGAAGAAGCUCCUGCAGAGGCACCACCACCACCACCACCAGCAGAAGAGUUGCCUACCACACAAGAAGAGGCCUCUGCCGAUCAAGAGCACAAGGACACUGCUGAUACUAAUGUUGAUGCUGAUGCCACUAUAGCGACGCCUGCUGAAACUGAGGAAACAGUAGAACAACCACAAGCUGAUAAUGCAGUAAUUGAAUAA